CUCUGUCCCCAUCCCUUGUCCCCUGUCCUUGUCCCCGUCCCCUGUCCCUCGACCCCCGUGCCCUCACGGACAGCCCCUCACCGCUAUUCCCCUCCCAGGGCCCGCCCAGAGCCUGAGGGGAAGGCGCCGGUCUGAGGGUCCCCGUUGUCCCUGAGGGGACCGAGAAAGGGAUAAAUCCCCUUGGCUAUGGAUUCCAGGCACCCCAGGCUGUGCCGGGACACCCCCGGACCUGCCCCCGCCGCCUCCAGCCCCUCAGGGCGCCCUGAGGCGCUGCCCCUCGGCGGGGAGGAGAGCUCCUUCGCAGAGGCAGCGAUGGCGAGCAACGCGCAAAAAUCUGAGGAGAGUGGGAGUAAACGUCAAAGGAUGGAGAAUGAAGCGUCAGAAAAUCCUCAGCUGUCCUUCCUUGACAAAACAGAUUUGGCUCUUUCUGAGGACUCACAGUCCCUUUAUGACACUGAACCACUGGAAAAGGUUUUAAACGAUAUGAGCAAAGAAAUUAUGACCUUGUUAUCAAAAUAUGCUAACAUUAUAAGUGAGACAGCAGCGAUGGAGGCUUCUUGUGUCCAAGAACUGGAAGGAAUCUUAAAGGAAGCGAGGGACAUAGACGAUGACUUAAAGCAGAAAAGGGAGAGUCUGAAACAGAGAUUCACUGUCAUGGCAAACACCCUGCAGGGAUAAAUGGAGUUCAUCCAACUGCUGAAGUGCAGAGCCAAACUCAGCCUAUUUUGUGUAUUCAAACAAACUGUGAUGAGUGUUAUUAUGUCUGGUUCUUAGGUAAAUAUUUAUGGCGCUCCAGGAAACAUUCAACAACUUAAGCAGUGACUUAUACAUAGUUAGUAAAACCAGUUCUUAAUAUCUGUUUUAAAUCCUGUGACUCCAAGGUUUUCAAACACUAAAACAUAAGGACUUUACUUGUUAACCCAUUGAACAUAGUACAGAAAUUUUCCCAUGAAACAUAGAAUUUUGUAAGUGGAAAAGGACCUCAGAUUAUUUAAUUCUAAUCAUUUCCCGGGUUUGUUUUAGUUUUUGGGUUUUUUUUCUUUCUACUUUGGAAAAUGUUUUGGUGCUAAAGUCUUUGUAGAAUGUACUUGCAAUGUUCUUUCAAUUUUGUCUCAGAAUACAAAUAGGUUGAAGAGAUCAGCUUAGAAAUAGGAGAGUUCUGUUAAGAAAAAUACUUUAAGAAAUGUAUAAAGUCUUAAUUUGAAAAUGCAUUUAACACUUGUACAGCUUUUCAUGGCCAUUUUGAUAUAAACAUUAAAGCACACAAUCAAAACUUUGCUGUGAUGUCAAUAAAUAACUGGACAAUAAUAACGUGGUCUAAAAUGCUCUUUUAUUUUGGAUGCAUGAGUACUGUUUGCUGUAUAUUCACUUUAUUUAAGGAUGCUCAUGGAGGUUUUUUCGA